AUGGGUCUGAACCGAACAUUGGAGAACGAAGGUUCACAAGAAUUACUCGGUGGUAUUUUUUAUCUCUCUUUAGGGAACUAUCUAUUUCAUGUUGGUACGAGGGUUAUCGUUGAUAAAGGAUAUCAUUCAGGUGGAGCAUCUUAUGUGUUGAGUCGAGAAUCAUUACGACGAUUUUAUGCAGCACAUAAAGAUCCCAAAUCAAAGUGUCGUAAAGAUGGUGGCAGCGAAGAUAUUGAAAUAGCUAGCUGUCUUCGUAUGAACGGUGUCUUGCAAGGCAAAUCACUCGAUAAACAAAAUCGAGAAUUAUUUCAUCCAUCUUCAUUUAUUAACCAUUUUCGGGGUACAGUUGUUGGUCUUGAGGGAUACGCGGAAAAUCCAGUAGGAACUGUAAGUUAAUUGAAGUAAAUUAUUUGAUUAAUUACAUAACGGUGUUUUCCUUUUUAGCGCUACAAUUGUUGUGGUGAUAAAUCAAUAUCAUUUCAUUAUGUUAAUCCUGACGAACAAUAUUUUAUGAACUUUCUACUAUAUAGAGCUCAUCCGAAACGAUGCCAGCUCUAGCAAUACGACGACCAGAUGCGAACGAAGACGGGUCGCUAACGAUGACGCAAACGGCAGUAAAUGGCUAACAUAUGGCCGUAAACAGGCCGUUAAUUGAUGCUUUGGUAUGCAUCGUAUUACAAUCGUAUAUAAUCGUGACAUAAACUGCAUGGCAUGAAAAAACUUAACGUUAACAUAUGCGUCGUAAAAUGACCGUAUCUCUGACGUAUAGGACAGUAUACACUAACGCUUGCCGUCGUAAUAUCAUGCAAAACGGCUAUAUACGACCGUUGCAAGAGAAAAUCAGAAAAUCUCAGCUCUAUCAUCAUGACGAUCGUAAACGACCCAAAAAGACGAAACAAUAUCUUUGCCAAUCAAAAUCCAAUCAAUUGGAUUGACAACUUACCUGAUUUUAAGGUGUUUUGAAAAAGUCCAUUUUUCUGCAAAGGAAUCAUCUAUCUCUAUAUGUAAUGAUCAGUGUGUGUGCCCAGACCACAGAUUGAAGAUCACGGAUCAAGGUCAGGAUAUGAUUGGGUAUAGGAUGCGGUGCAGUGAGAGUGGGCGGAUGAGGGAUGCUGUAGCUGUGAUGCGUGGAUUAGGAGGCGGUGCCGGAAUAAAGGGAUUAUGGGAUGUACUGUGGAGGCGAGGAGCUCUUCCUUGAGGGUGGUGAGAGAGCUGAUUUUGUGGUGAGAGCACUGUGGUACUGGGGUGGGAAGAUGGGGGGGGGGGGGGGAUAAGGGAAGUGUAGUGCAGGGGUGGUGGAAGGUGAUCGAGUGGGGGGGGGCAGUAGGGAGGGGGGGG